CGUCGUGCGGGUGGUUUUAUGCGAAGUGAUAUUUUUCGUGAAAUCGUAAAAUUAUCAAAUCAUACCGGAUACGAGGGUACUGAGUCAUUAGCAUCUGGUUUGCGGAAAUGUUGUGUAUAGUAUAGGUGUUAACGUUAACGGGAGACAAACCCAAGACUCGAGUAUGUUGUGAAGAUAACCAAAAGUGAAAAGUGAAAUCAUAGACGGAGAGGUUUUUGCUGCCUCAGAUAAGAUUCGCAUGGAUUAUGUCGGUGUUUUGUCUGUAUGUGCUAAAAUGAAUUGGAUAUAGUGGACUUUCGCAGCCGGUGUUGUUGAUUGCGGUCUAAUCGGACGGAAUCGAUUGCUGCCUGAAUGGAGCAAACCAUUAUGUCACCAAAGGUGCUACUCGGAAUGUCUACUACGCACUAGUUACUUCCCAAAGUGCGAUAAAUCGGAUAUUAGAUUUAUGCAUAUGAUACAAUGUCCUCUCCACGCAUAUAAUUCUCACGAUAUUUCAAGUGCUGAAUGGAAAGCCAAUCGCUCAAUCACUCUCCAUCCUUGUUGCACGCCAGGGAUGGUGAGGAGCGAGACGAACAUGUCGAAUCGGAGGAGGAGCAUCAACAGCAUCAGCAGCAGGAUCCUCAAGAGCUCGGAAAUGCUGUGUUACGGAGAGUCGGCAGCUCGCUGCUGUCGUCCGACACAAUACGGAAUGUAUCGAACCGAGUCUCUACGGAUUCAACCUCAACCUACGAAAUCAUCGAUUGCCAAUCACCGGAACCUAUCGAUGAAAUGUGGAGUAAUGUGGUAAAGAUCACUAGGGCCACCAGCGCAACCGUUGCUGCGAUGGUCGGCAACGAUUCUGGCAUUAACGAAGAUCCGGAUGACGAAGAGUUCGAGAUACAAGAUGUCGGAGAAGCUACCGUGCCGCAUUGGAAAAAAAUCGAGCUUGCAAGAUCAUCCACGAAAGAGGAAAAGCAGCGUCACAAUGAGGAAAUUUCUAUUAUGAAAUCAAAUUCAAUCUCUUCAGAGACCAAUUCUUGGGAGAAUUUCUCUCCAUCUAAGGCUGUUGCAGAAUCUGUAACGGAGGUAGCGGAAGAUAGGGAUCAAAUAGAGGUCGCAUCGCUAGUGCACACUAAACCAGGAACAUCGAAAGCAUGUUUUAUUGAUGCCUCAUCUCUCCACGAUGAAGAUGAAAUUCCAUAUCCUUCUUUCGUUGAAUCGAAUCUUCAGCGACAACAACAAGAUAGAUCGACGAUUUCUUUAUCCGCUAUUUUGAGCGAUGACGAGAAAAUCAAAAGUUCGAAUAACAAAAAAUCUGUCGACAUUAAGGAUCAAUACUCUUCGACGGCAACUAGUGAUUUCAUUUCAAUUAAGCAAAACAACAAAGAGUCUGGAAACAUAGAGUAUACAGAAGAAACGAUGUCGAGGCAAGAAUCGGAAAGAAAGCAAGGUACCUUCCUGUUCCAGAACUCAAUACAACAAUACUCGGGCCAUGCAAUAGAACCAAACCUACAGUUUCCCGAUGAAAAUUAUAGUGAUCUGUCUCUUCCAAGUGUCUAUUCUUCUAGUAGUGAGCCGAACUAUGAAUUCAGUUCCCUAAUGACUGAGAGUCAGCCUCGGUUUAUGGCUACCGGUGGCAUAAAUACAAGCGGGUACAACUCUGGUUCGGCAGAUUAUUCGUCCAGAAUAACACACCGAUUCGAUAGCGAGUCCGCUCAUUACCCGGACACGCCGUUCAAUUCGAUAGUUCACGUGAAUUCCUCCGCUCGAAUUACCGCGGCGGUACGUCAAACCUCGGAAGAGAACUACGAGAGUUCGAUAGAGUCACACUCGACUCCCAUCAAAAUUCCAAAAAGAACUCAAAAGCAUGAUGAAUCUGCUCCCAUCAUUUCGGGCGGAGCAUCGAUUGAAGACUUCACACCGAAGCAGUGCGAAAGUCCGUCUGUACGAAGAAGAACCGAUACGUGUCCGAUAGUUUCUGGUGGAAUGAGUUUCGAGGAUGAUUUUAAACCGGAUGAACGGACACGAAAACUGAGCUGCUCUGGAAAAUCUUGGGUUGUCGAUUUGAAAAAUUGUCCAGAUGAUGAGAAAUCCGCGGCAAUCAUUUCAUCAAAUGAGCACAAUCGGAGUGGUAUGGGUUUCUAUGUGGAUUUGGGAAGUAUCAAAACGCCAGAGGAAGAGAAAUCUGUUGUUGUUCAUAAUAGAACGCAUAGCCGCGCGCACCAGGACUUGAUCAAGAAAUCAACGGGAUUCUAUAUUGACCUUUCGGAUGGCGAUAGCUCGAGAAGCAACACUCCAAAAAUUACAAAACCAAGUACACCACCUGUCAAGCCAUGUUCGGAUGGCAGUUCUCGAUCGGAAUCGGUUGAGAAAGAUUCCAAAAAGAACAUGUUUUCUAUGUUUAUUGAGAUUGGUAACGAUUCGGCGCCGAAGCCUUGUUCAGUUCCGCGUAAAUUGGUGACGAACGCUUUAACGGAGACUAGGGUAGCUUCAUCUCCGCCCGUUCGACCUGCAUAUUUCGACACAGAAGAAAAGAAAAACUGUUACAUGUUCAUUGAAACAUCUGACUCGACAACAGUUGUGCGAAGAAGCAAUGCUUCAUCAGUGGCCAGAAAUGAUUCCAAGCGUCAUUCGUGGAAUCCCACGGGCACCGAGGGAACCUUCCAUGAACGACGAAUAGUAAGCCGUGAAUACCAGCGGUCAACGAGUGUUACCAGCGAUAAAGGGAUUAUGAAUAUUCUAGAUAAAAUACCGCUGCUCUCGAAAACAUCCAGCAUGUCGAUCGAUUCUUCUGUUUCUCCGUAUGAGGAUUUCACCUGUUCGAAAUCCGAAUUGAGCACCUAUUCCAAUCAUUCUGUUUCAUCAAAUUCGGCCCAAUUGAGCAGUGAAUCCAAAAUUUCGUCGAAGGACGCCGGAGGUUUCGUGGAACCGGAAUUGACAGCAUCGACCAAGAAGAAACGAAGAGAUGCCAAAAUCAACGAGACGUUCGAUAAGAGCAGCCAAGGGUCCGUAACGGACGGGAUUUUAUCCUCGAACGAAGAUAGCACACCAGUGUCUACAACAACCGAUACUGACGAUGUAACGUUCCAAAACAAUCCAGCAGAUGAACCAAACGCAAUUCCUCCUCCGGUUGAAGUUGAGUCCGAACCGGUAGAAGAUAUACAGCUACCAAGCACCGUCGCCAAACAAAUGGAAACGAUUGUUGAAUUAGCUGAAAAUUCUCCAAAACAUACGGCCAGUGGCAAUAGGAAACCACCGCAUACGAUGGAGACAUUACACGCAACUAUCGAGAAACAGAAGCAGCUACUAGAAACUGUUUCGGAAAAUGUUGAAACUCAAAGCACAUCUUUCGUGAAACUAUCCGAUAUGGAUAAACCUCCGGCUCCAACGAAGUUUGAACUUCAUUCGAAAAGCGAAAAGGCCACCAUCAGCAGCACUGGUUACAUGUCUAGCUCGGCUGGAUCAAAUCGGGUGGCACGACUUUUUAGUGACAGUCAUAAAUACAACACUAUCGGAACUGCCCAUCAGAACUCACAACAGCUGCAACAAAACACUUACUACGGUAAUGGGACUGCCUCGAUGGAGAGACACUCGUGGACAAUGUCGCGAUCCACAGGGAAUAAUUUCAUGAACCUGGUAUCAUCGUUUGAGAAUUCGAGAAGUCUCAGUCGACUCUUUCCACACUUGUCGAAAGCUUUUAGCAACAGUUUGCCUUCUGAUGUGGGCAUGAAUUCCACCAGUCGAGGCAGCGAACUACACGAGUUCAUCUCAGAUUUUUCAGGCACAUCCAGCAUCACUUCUAGUCGCUCGGGAAUGGAAUCCAUCGACGAGUCUAUUUCCAGUCGGCAGCCAAGGCGGUUGGGCGAAGAUCUGCUGAAGAUGUUUCUUCAGGAGAUUGCUACCGACGUGACCAUCGAGGCGGAAUCGAAGAAAAUGCGCGCCCACAAGUGCAUUCUGCGAUCGCGUUGUCAAUAUUUUGCUGCCAUACUCGCCGGUGGUUGGGUCCAAAAUGCCGGUAAUCUUAUUAGCCUGCCCGGUUACUCGUAUGCUGCGGUUCACUUCGCUCUCUGCCAUAUCUACUCGGGAGCGUCCCAUCCACCGGAAGGGAUUAGUCUGAUGGAGUUGGCUGCACUUUCGGAUCUACUUGGACUCGAAGGAUUGAAGGAGGUUACGGCGUAUGCUUUGAAAACGAACUAUUGUCACAAUUUUCAUAAGCCUUGUUCUGGUUGUACCGAUGGUGUGCUGCAAGUUCUUCCUGUAACAUUGAAUCACGGGUUAGACGAUCUGUAUCGCAAGUGUUUGAAAUGGGUUUGCAGACACUACGUAAAAAUUUGGCCGAACAAGCAGUUUUCUCAGUUACCUCCCGAUGUAGUCAAUCGUUGCAAGCAGCAAAUCGUAGCACACUUGUCAUCUGAAACGGUAUUGCACGUCAUCCUGGAUAGCGAACAACUGCUAACCGUUCUUCAUCCGUACAAAUGGUCCGUCGAUGUUGAGAAUGUGGUUCGAGACAUACUGGAUGCAGCCUACGAUUACAUCCAAGAUCAUUUCGCAUCUCUGCUUGCUAGUGACAGCUUUCUUUCCCUUGGCCAUAACUACAGUUGGGCAAUAUCUCACGUGGAACCAAUCCUGCUAAGGGCGGCAACCGGCCUAAGCCCCGAUCAGGCAUGUAAGAGUUAUCCACGAGCUACGAGGUUGCACAAAUUGUUGCAAGCAAAGGUGCUAACAAUGACUGCGACGCCAUUAUCAUCGAAUGAUAAUUUGAAUAUUUUGAAUAUUUACGACAAAAAGAAAAAGCUGGAUAUCGAGUAUAGUAGACACGACGAAGAGAUGGAUUGGAGUGACGAGUUUGUCGGAAUGGUGAAUGCGAUACUCUCGGCUGUUGAGCAGUGUUUAAUCAGACAGUGCGCUCGAGCCAUGCGCGUCAAUUCUUGGCAGCGAAUGGAUAUUGAGUUGAGGGAAAAGAUACAAAAGCUGGCCUGUCUGAUAGAACCUUCGGAUGAGCGAAAAUCCAGAUCGAGAUACUCACAUUCCUCUCAGACAAGCUCUUCAUCGUCAAUCCACACCAGGACGAAUGAUUUACGUCAAGUUAGGCUAGCCAUUCAAGCACACACAAAAAGAUCAUAUGAAAAUCAGAAUAGUCAUAAUGUCAAUAAUCGAACAAACACACAGCAUACUCAAACCACCGUUUAUCACAACGAUUUAAAUAGCGUUACCAGUGCGCUGAGACCAUCCAAAUUGCGUGAAAUUAACGAACGGAACAAUAUCCGAUCCGAACAAAUUUACGAAAAUGGCAAAGUAUCCUCAAACAAGGUAAAUAACAAAGUUGGGCUGAUUGGUAAAAGCAAUCAGCCGAGUCAUAAACGCUCUCAGUCAGAGGAUAUGGGCGUUAAGGUGGCAAAAGUUGAUGCUCUGAACAAUUUGAAAACCAAAUUCAAUAAAGUUAAGCCGCGCUAUUUGGAGCCAAAAAAGCCUAAGAAUGCAAACAAUUUAGAUGUGCAAAACAUCUCUUCCAGCGGUAGCUCCACUAGAACAUCGAGCCCAGCUACAGGCAGGAAAAAAGGUCCGAUAGGGAAUGCUGUAAAACAAGUGCAUGAUUCCAACAUCUCGUUGGACAGUCUAUCGUCGCCUGCAAAGAAUGCUAAAAAUUUGAAGACACGUCCCACGAUAAACGAAAUGGAUGUUUCCAUUGAUUCGUUAGCCGAAUCUCUGAAGAGCAGUUCUAUUAAAACAAACACAAACACACUUUCUAACGAAUCUCUUAUCUAUCAGGAUAACUUUAAGCCUAAAGCCACGAAUUUGGAUGUACCGCAGAAGAAUUGUUUUGACUCUCAACAAAUUCCACUGCCCGAUCGGGUGGUAGGACCAAAGUCAUUCGACUCUCUGGCAGUCCAUAAAAAUGCCACACUAACCAAGAAUAAUCUCAAAGCGGCUAACGGGACUAAGUUAGAUCAGACCAAAUUAAGCUCUACUGGCAUCAAUCGGACAUCAUCCUCCGCAAGUAUGUGUUCGAAUUCAUCGUCAUCUUUCAUUAAGAAGAGUUUUCUCUCUCAACGUUCCCGAGAAAUACUGGCUCGCCGAUCACACGAGACGAAAUCAAAUUCUACAAAUUCAAGCAAUAAAUCCGCUGCUUCGUCACCGAGCCUUGUGUCUAGGGAUAAAACAACUGCGAGUGACAUAACUAAAUCUGGUUCGACUGCAUCUCUCACUACGAAUAGUUCUGGUUCGCGGAAAGUUUUUCGCACUACACUUCAUCUUCGUAAGACGGCCAAAUUGCAACAAGACCCACCGGUGACAGAGAGGAAUAAAAACGAAGAUCCGAAACCGUUGAGGCAGAGUGCAAUUCCCAUUCCUGGUAAACAACUGCGGAAGUCAUCUUCGGUCACUCGAUCGAACAACAAUAACUGCAACAGUAAUAGCAAUAGUGGACGCUUGCAAAAAAAUGUGAACACGGUGAUGAUUCCAGCUCCGAAUAGAAGUACCAGUUUGCAUCGACACUCUUCGACAUCUUCGAAUUCGGACAACGGGCAUAAGAACGAAAGUUUCGCAGAUGGGAAGUCUGUAAACACCGAUUCCAAGCUUGAACGAUCAAACACGUUUUGUAAGGAGACGUCCGAUAAUGCGGUAGUGCUGCAAAUUGUCGAAUGAACGCUAUAAUAGGGAUAAUGUUGGAGUAGACUGUUGAGCGCAUUACAGUUCUAGGAGCAUGUUACAGAGCAAAACUGAACAAGGCAUAAGCGUGGACUGGAUUUGACUAACAGGCCAAAAACGCAGCGCCGCUGCAGAGGAAAGUUCACCCAUAAUGAGAAUUGAUUCCAUCUAUGUGCUAGUGAAACAUUUAAUAAACAUUAUUCUAUGUCCAUUCACAUCUCGCGUGGUAGGGAGGUAAGUUUAUUUUUAAAUAGAACAACAAGUUUUUCAGGUCUGGCGAGAAAAUGAUUUGGAUACACACUAACUUCAUCACGUUUGUCUAGUCAUUUAUUUAUCAGAAUGUUUUGUUCGUUAACUAUAAUAAGAAAAUAAAACCGAUAUUCAGCUGUGAUUGCGAACCAUGAGCAGUAUUUUUGUGAGGCAUUUAAAACCGAAAGGAGAAUAAACGAUAGGAAUGAUACCCUUCGAAGAGUUGGGAUAGUUCCAGAGAGAGAAAAUGUCACAUGUUGUUCUCGUAAAAAAUAAUUAUUUUCCAAACACUUAGUUCUUACAUAGGUGCUCGAGAGAAUAUAUCCCGUUGAAGGUUUUCAAAUAGUACUUAAUAGUGGAUAUGGGAAAAAAUUUCCGCUCUUUCGGAUUUCUUUUGUGCAAUUUUUUUGGUUCGAUCCAUUUGUCGAAAUCUUUUUCGGAUCUUCGAAGUCAUCCGUUACAUCUGGUAUCGAUAGUGAAUUUAAUAGGAAUACUGGUAAGUUUCUUCGUUUUAUUUUCAAAAAAUUUAUGCUUUGUUCUGCAUAAAUGGUUACAAAUUUAACAUUCAAAGUAUUGCUCAUCGCUAGUCACAAUUUUUUCCCAUCUUUCUGGCAAUUUACGGAUCUCUUUGCGUAAAUAAUCGGGUGGUUUGUCGGCUAACCACGGAUCGAUCCAAUUUUUGACUUCAUCAAAAUUAGAGAAGUGCUGGUCAACCAGACCAUGUUGCAUCGAUCGUAAAAGGUAGUAAUCGGACGGAGCAAUGUCUGGAGAAUACGGCGGGUGGGAUAGGACCUCCCAUUUCAGCGUUUCCAAGUAUGUUUUGAUCGGUUUUGCGACAUGCAGCCGAGCAUUGUCGUGCUGCAAAAUAACAUGAUCGUGUCUAUGCUCGUAUUGUGGCUAUUUUUCCUUCAGUGCACGGCUCGAACGCAUCAAUUGUCGGUAGAGGUCUUCCGUAAUGGUUUCAUUCGAUUGUAGCAGCUGGUCCCAACUAAUAGACAGUAUAACUUUCUGGUCGUGAAUAUUCCGUGCGGCCGUCGAUGUUGAUGCAUGGCCGGGGUAUUCAUACGUUGCCCGAUGUUUAGGAUUGUCGUAAUGGACGCACUUUUCAUCGCCAGUAACAAUUCGAUUUAAAGAAUCCUUUCUUUUAUGCCUUUGGAGCAGUUGUUCGUACGUGAAAAAACGGCGUUCGAUGUCUCGUGGCUUCAAUUCAUACGGCACCCAAUGUCCCAUCUUUUGAAUCAUUCCCAUGGCUUCUUUUAAACGAUCGAAUAUUCUUCUUCUUGAAUGGCGUUAACGUUCCCUGUGGAACUUUUGCUGUCUCAACCUAUGAAUUAAUUAGCGUCAUUUAUUAAUACUUAGUUGAGAUUUUUUAAGCCAAAUAACACGCCUUGAAUGUAUUCUGAGGGGCAAGCUCUAGAAUACGCGUGACCGCAGUGCAAGUCGAUGGAAAUUUCUUUGACGAAAAAUCCUCCGGCCAGAACGGGAAUCGAACCCGAACACCCGGCAUGAUAAUGUGAGACACUAACCACCCGGCCACGAGUGCGCCAAACGAUCGAAUAUGGUUUGCUGAGCUACUUCAAGUGUAUCUGCAAGUUCUUGUUGCGUUUGUGACGGAUCCUGAUUGAGUAAAGUCUCCAAUUCUUCAUCUUCAAAUUUUUUUGGCAGUUGUUCUUCGUCUUCCAAGUCAAAAUUACCACUUCUAAACCGUGAAAACCACGUCUGACACGUUCGCUCAGUUGGAGUUUGGUCACCAUAAACUUCCACCAAAAUGCGAUGAAUUUCCGCAGCUUUUUUUCUUCAUAUUGAAGUAAUGAAGUAGCACUUCCCACAAAAACACUCUCGUUGGUACGAAAUUCGACAUAUUCGAAGUGGCAAAAAACAAUCUUGUUUACGUUUCAACUUUUUGACGCGCAAUGACAGUAGCUUUCCAACGAAUGUCUGGAAAUUUGAUUCACUGGAAUAAUAAGCGAGUCACGCCAUCUGUAAAAUUGAAGAAACUUACCGGUACACCUAAUAUUUACUAUCGAACGAUUAUUCUAGCACCUGUUACCAAAAGAAAGAAGUAAAUUAUAUUUUGUCUGAAGUGUACUAUCGUUGGCACGAAGAAAUGGGAUGUAUUGGCAGUUUUCAAGUACCUGCUCCAUUGAAUAUUCAUGGAAGGGUUGGAAACUUAUCCCCAUACUCAAAAGGAUUCAGCGCAGAUAUAUUCAAACGUAGCUUGACGAAUGACGCACUUUAUAUAGGAAUAUCGUUGCACUGUGUAAAGAAGAGCCCUUUUGCUAUAAAAUAGUAUUAUACAUACUUAAUCAAAUGAAUAAAAAUAUAAUAAUGGUCUUUUGGUUUGGUAUAUAUAUAUAUAAUGGAUUGAAUGUAAUGAAUGCUGUGUUAUGAGUUGGCAGCAGGUUGAAUGUGUACCAAAAGAUGAUGAGAACUUUUUUUUUCGUGUAUGAGGAACGCCCGUUCGCAAAAUUCGGAGAUUUUUACAUGAAAAUUGGCAAAUGAGAAGAGAAGAAGAAGAUUAUGAUCAUCAAGAAAAAACAAAUUAUGCGUUUGUUUAAAGUGGGAUACACUUUAUAAAAAUUUCGAAAAAAGAGCUUUUUCAAUAUAACAUUUGUUGAAAAGGUAUUACACGUGAUCUACAAAUUAUAAAUCGUUAUCAAUAUGACAGUAAAAAGCUUGCGGUUCCAACGAAUAUACACAUCUACAGACUUAUUUAAAUGUUUAUUUUCGAGCAAUAUUUGAGAACGUCAAAGUUUUGGUUAAUUGGUUAUUUCAAUCACCACAAAAAUAAUUUAAUAUACCAUUAAAUGUACCAGUACUCACUUUUCAUUCGGAUAUAGCGGACAAAGAAGAAUUUUUUAGGUGCUUGUGGCAAUUGAUCUCUAGAAACGAUGUGCAAUGUGCAUUAUGGACAUAAAGGCUGUAAUGCGUGCAUAUUCAUCUGUGAGGCUUGAAGCUAGAUAAGCUCCCUCCCACAAAAAAAUGUUUAUACGAAUUCCAGCAACUUGAUUGUUAAAAUAUAGAGGACGAGUUGUAAACUUCCUGUUAAUUAUGAUAGUCAACACAGUCUGUCUUCACAAAUAAGCAAAUGCCCCCGGCCAUUCAGGCCAGCAUUUCAAUUGAAAAUCUUUGAACUUGCACUGAAACGCGCGUCUUUGAAGUCAACGCAUAAAUAUAGUCCAAGUCUGUCACUUGGAAACGGAACUUCAACUAACAACAAAAAUGUUAUCCCUUGUCAUGCCUUUGUGAAUACUUUGGCGAAAGUACUCUAUGGAACGCAAUGCCAUCGGAGUGGAAUAAUGCUUAAGUAUCUCUCCUUGAUAUAUUAGGUAUCAACUCAUUGUUCGAAAAUUAUGCUACUUUAUUGUAAGAUAACAUUUCCCUCAGUUAUAUCCUCACAAAACGGUCUACUAUUUUUGUGUGUAUGUUUGCUACUUCAUCGUUACAAUUAUAUGUUUUAAUCAGGAUUAACACAUUCCUUCCAAAUAUACACGUACUUGUAUAGUUUAUAUAUAAUUUUUAUAUCCAAUAUUCGAUGCACUGAAGAGUUAUGCUAACGCUGUUCUCAACACUAGUAAUAGAUAUACAAUCCGAUAACUAAUGGUAAAUUUGAAAUGAACUUGAAUAACGGAUACAAAAUGUAAUAUCCCCAAAUAGGUUAGCAUUAGCAUGAAAAUGAACGAUCUGCGUAAAUGGAGACAGCUGUUUAAUUUGUUCUUUAUUAGAACCCUAGUCACUUGUACAAAUCUGAAAUCAAACAAGCAACAGCAGAACGCAGCAAAUGAAGAGCAUCUUAUAAGAUUUGUUUGAAUUCUUGUUUUUUUGCGUUUUCACAUAUAUGUAUAUGAGUUAAGUGUUUUGCUGGGCUAGAAUUCGUGACAUACUUUACAUAAAUAUAUUUUUAACAUAAGUAUAAAAUGCUAAGCGAUGCAAUAUGUGAUCUAUAUAGAUAAGAAUUACUUUUUUGGUUCAUCUAUAAUACAUAGUAUGUGAUACGUUAGAAUUUCAUUUUGCCGCUGUACUUUGAUGUUAUGUAAAGCGUGCGUUUUGUAAUAGAAAGAAAGUCUUUUAAUUGCAUUCUGAAAAAUCUAUCUCAAGUAUCGGUUGGACAAGAAAAAUAAUCUAAUAAACACAUAGAUAUUAUAUUCA